AAAAAAAAAAAAAAAAAAAAAAAAAAAAAAAAAAAAAAAAAAAAAAAAAAAAAAAAAACAAAGAGGACUUUUCUUCAGAAAUCUAUUUACUCAAUCAGGAUAUCAUAAUACAUAAACCACAACUGAAAAGUUGACUAAACAUCCGUUGUAUAUAGUUUUGUUCAAGGAUUUCCAUUUUCCAAAAAAGAAAAGAAAAGAAAAAAAGAAGCCCAUGUUCUUCGGUUAAUAAAUAAAUAAAUGGAUAGAAUGCAAUCUGGUGGCUUUUAAAUUGGAUUUAGUUGAGCCCUUGAGUAGAGUCCGUUACAAAUGAAAAGCAAUCAGUACGAGUGAAGAUUGGAAUAUGGUUCUGACAGUUUCCAUUUCCUAACAUGAUUCCUAAGCUUCACCGUCUCUCUUCCAUUAAAGAACUGGAACAGGCCCAAGCUUUCAUCGUCAAAGCCGGUUUCUUUAAUCACAUUCCUAUAAUGACGAAGCUAAUUGCAUUCUCCUCUCUUUCUCCAUCAGGAAGUCUCCCUCGUGCUUAUGCUCUCUUCCAAGAGACUUCCAUGGACGAUUCUUUCAUUUGUAACACCAUGAUUCGGGCCUACUCCAAUAGUGUUUUUCCCGUUAAAGCUUUGCUUAUUUACAACCGUAUGCAACGGAUGGAUGUUGAUUCUGAUCAUUUCACCUACAAUUUUGUGCUCAAAGCUUGUGCUACAGCUAUCAAAUGCACUGAAAUGGACGAUCAAUGUUUUGGGCAUGAUAUCAUUUCUCGCAAGGGUGCUGAAAUUCAUGCACGCAUCCUGAAAUUGGGGUUUGAUCAAGACCAUCAUGUCCAAAACUCAUUGCUUCUAGUCUACUCUGGGCGUGGUUUGGUUGGUUUUGCUCGUUUGAUUUUCAAUGAGAUGACUGUCAGAACUGCUGUAUCCUGGAACAUUAUGAUGUCCGCUUACAAUCGAGUUCAUGACUAUAAGUCGGCGGAUGUUCUUCUUGAAUCGAUGCCUCAGACAAAUGCAGUUUCUUGGAAUACCCUAUUGGCACGAUAUAUUAGGUUGAAUAAUCUUGUAGCAGCACGAAAAGUGUUUGAAGAAAUGCCUGAGAGGGACGUUGUAUCUUGGAAUUCUAUAAUUGCCGGUUAUGUAAAGGUCAAAGAUUAUAAGGGAGCUCUGGAGCUCUUCCAUAGUAUGAAACAGUGGAACAUUCGUGCAACUGAAGUAACGUUUAUCUCUAUAUUGGGUGCUUGUGCUGAACUGGGUGCACUGGAGACAGGGAAGAAAAUCCACGAGUCCUUAAAAGAGAAGCAUUACAAAAUUGAAGGAUAUUUAGGUAAUGCCAUUGUAGAUAUGUACGCUAAAUGCGGGGAACUGGCCUUAGCUUUGGAGGUAUUCAAUGAAAUGGAGAUGAAGCCUGUAAGUUGUUGGAAUGCAAUGAUUAUGGGUUUGGCAGUUCAUGGUCACUGUGAGAAAGCCUUGGAGAUGUUUGAUUCGAUGAAGGCAGAGGAUGGUGAUCACAAACCCAAUCGGGUAACUUUCAUUGCUCUUCUGAUUGCCUGCAGUCACAAGGGUCUUGUGGCAGAAGGACGCCAUUUUUUCAGUCUGAUGGUUACCAAAUACAAGAUAAUGCCGGAUUUAAAGCACUAUGGUUGCAUGAUUGACCUUCUUAGCAGAUGGGGUUUUUUGGAAGAAGCCUAUGUUAUGAUAAAAACUUGCCCUUUCAGUUCAUGCUCUGUUCUAUGGAGAACGUUGUUGGGUGGUUGUAGAGUGCACAGGCGUGUAGAAUUGGGGGAAGAAUCGUUCCGCAGACUUGCAGAGUUGGAGCCUGGGAAAGAUGGAGAUUAUGUACUGUUGUCAAACAUCUACGCCGAAGAAGAGCGGUGGGAUGAUGUGGAACGACUGAGAAAGGAGAUGAUUAGUUAUGGAGUCUGUAAGAAAGCUGGAUCGAGUCACGUUUAAACUCAAUGGUCCAAGGGUUCAGCAAGGGAGGGAACUCCAUGAUGUUAGUGUUCAUAAUCCACCGGUGGAUAUUUAGUUGACCACGCUGUUUACUGUUUAUACUGUUGAUGGAGUUGGUGUGUUCAUAAUUUUCUGUUUCAUUAUUUUUUACACACUACACUUGCUUAGUUGCCUUCUCCUGCACUCUGCACAUUACUGGAGUCAUCAUGGGGAGAAGGAAAAAAGGAUUGAGAUGGACCGUCAAGAAUUGGGCCCUAUUUAGGAAUUUCUGAUCUAUAAUUUUCAGUCAGUUCGUGGGGCUCAGCCCACUGCGUUUGUGACGAACUGUUACUUUAUGGGUUUUUCUAGCUUUCCCCUUGAGCCCAACGCCAACACCACUUUCGUCUGUCAAACCACGUGGAAAUGAGGCCGAUUUGUCCAAAGUCUGUCAAACUAGGGCGGUGCUGGUGCAUGUGUUGUUAGCUAAUUGGUCCAAUGUUAGAACUUAAAAAGAAACUUUGAUGUUUGUAUUAUUUUUCUGAUCCAUCGGAAAUUAGUUGCUUUCAUAUGAAA